GCAGACAGAAUGAGAUCAAUACCGAUGGAAGAGGAUGAUUCGAUGGACGACGCCGACGACGAAGGAAACUUGAAAAUGGCAGUUGGAGCAACAAAUACGAAGAAGAAAAUGAUUUAUUCAAGAAAAAUAUUUGCAGUUGUAUCUGUAAUUUUCUUGAUUUACGCUAUCGGAAACAUGACGCUGUUCAUCACACCAGGAGUUCGCGAGUUUGUCCAACAAUUCAAGAUCUUCCUCUAUCUCUGCGUCCCUUUGCCUAUAAUUUCAAAAAUCCUGAUUUCUGGCGUCGAACGUGUUUCCCAUCCACCGAAGCUUCAUCUCAUAAUUCCAGUAUUCCUAGUACAUUUACUUGCGAUCUUCCUCUCUGCCACCACUUUAUCUCUAACUUUCGACACUGAACUCGUCUAUUUCAGUUGUUUUAUAAUAUUCAUGAAUACUGGCCAACUUGUAUUUUAUACACUUCAGAAUUAUUUAGUUUUAACCCCACUGAAAAUGUUAAUUCUUCUGAUAGCCACCUCCUCGCUCAAUUCAAUUUUCCUUCAAAUCCUUCUCUCAAUCUUUGUUUUCCCUUACUUUGAAGUUGUAACAUUAUCAACAAUUAUUUCAUUCUACAUUCAUUUUAACAAUGCCUUUUUCAUGAACCAUCUCAGCUCCUGUGACUGGCCAGUGGCAACGGUUUGGAUUUUUAGUCGCGUUCCUGUGUAAUUUUUAAAAACUUCUUGUGUUUUUGUUUUUUUCGAUUCCCUUUUAUUGCAUGCUUUAAUGUAUUAAAAAUACAGAAUAUCCAAUAAAAACUGAAUUAAA